ACGCUUUGGAUCAACAAACAGAGCGAAGCCCUAAGAAGAGUUAUUUAUAGGCGUUUCUGUAAUGGGGGCAAAGUGUAAAGGCUGCGGAAGCUGUAUUCUCUUUAUCGUCACCACCAUUGUUGUCUACAAGCUAUCACUUCCGGUUUUCCUUGAAAACUUUGACCCGGAAGGAGACACGCCCAGCGACACCAGGUUUCUGCCGAAAUCAGACAGAACAUACAGCGGGCAGCACAUUCUCUGCCACAAGUUCGAGGGCGGCCUGGGGAGUCUCCUCUUCCAGUACGCCUCCCUGACCAGCAUCGCCCAGGGUCAGAACCGGCUCCUCGUCUCCCGGGGCGACCUGACCCUCUCCCACCUUCUGCGUCACCCGCAGGUCCGCAGCAACAAAAACCAAUGCCGGAACGUCGUCCGUAUCUCCGAGUCCGCUUGCUGCCGCCUAGACGAGAACUUGCUCAAGCUCGACGUCAACAAGAACUACGACAUCGACGGCGUCCUUCAGAGCUGGAAGUACUUCAAGGAUAAUUUGGAGUCGGUGCGGCAGUUAGUGGAGUUUCACGACGGCGUCGUGCACCAGGCGAAGAAGGUGAUCGAACACACGCUGCUCGCCUACAACCACACGACAUCCGACACCAGCAUCGUCGGCGUGCACGUACGGCGCGGGGACAAGCUCCACUGGAAGUCGGUCGACGAGGGCUACCGCGUCGCGCCCCGGGAGUAUUUUUUAAAAGCGAUGACGUACUUCCGGGACCACGUCAGCCCGUCCGUCGCGUUUCUGGUCGUGUCUGACGACCAUGCCUGGUGCAAGAGCAAUCUUCUCGGCCUCCCCGGGGUCAUGCUGGCUGAGUCAGGGCAGCCCGCGGUGGACCUGAAGGUCCUGACGUUGCUGGACCACUCCAUCAUCAGCAUGGGAUCCUUCUCCUGGUGGGCCGGUUUCCUCGCCAAGGGGAAAGUCGUCUACUACAGCGAUUUCGUGGAAAAGGAUUCCAAAAUUCGCGGCCAGUUCGACGCGAAGUUUGAAGACUACGUGCUCCCAGAAUGGAUACCAAUGUCUUAAAAUUUUGCAGU